GGGCAAGUUUGCAGACUUCUGUAGCAGAGUAGCACCAGAAACAACAGGCAGGCUCUUACGCAGACCAGGAAACGGCAGCAAGCGCACGCUUUAGCAGAAAAAAGAACUUAGUGUUUCAUCCAGUUUUUUCUUUACUACUACCUCUCAUCUGGUUUACUUUUUUAUUUUCUUUUUGAGGAUAGCUGUAAACUAAAGGCCAGCUGAAUGUAUAGCAUGAUGGAAACCGAGAUCAAAAGCGCGCAUCCGCAGCCCAACACGGGCUCUGCGGCGGGAGGCAACAAUGGUAAAAAUAACAGCGCCAACGACCAGGACCGGGUGAAGAGGCCCAUGAACGCCUUCAUGGUGUGGUCCAGGGGCCAGCGGAGGAAAAUGGCUCAGGAAAACCCCAAAAUGCACAACUCUGAGAUCAGCAAGCGGCUGGGGGCAGACUGGAAACUGCUGACAGACGCGGAGAAGCGACCCUUCAUUGACGAGGCGAAGAGGCUUCGAGCCAUGCACAUGAAGGAACACCCGGAUUAUAAAUACCGACCCCGCAGAAAGACCAAGACCCUGCUCAAGAAAGACAAGUACUCCUUACCUGGGGGGCUCAUGGCGCCUGGUGCCAACACUGUCAACGGCGCCGUCUCGGUGGGGCAGAGGAUGGACAGCUAUGCCCACAUGAACGGCUGGACCAACAGCGCGUAUUCCCUGAUGCAGGACCAGCUGGGUUACUCUCAGCACCCAAGCAUGAACAGCCCCCAGAUUCAGCAGAUGCACCGGUACGAGAUGGCCGGGCUGCAGUACAACCCCAUGAUGUCCAGCGCCCAGACCUACAUGAAUGCGGCUUCCACGUACAGCAUGUCCCCGGCUUACACCCAGCAGACGACGAGCGGGAUGGGCUUGGGCUCCAUGGCGUCGGUGUGCAAGUCGGAGCCCAGCUCGCCUCCACCGGCAAUCACCUCCCAUUCCCAAAGAGCGUGCCUGGGCGACUUGAGAGAUAUGAUUAGCAUGUACCUUCCUCCUGGUGGAGACGGUUCAGACCAUGCCUCGCUCCAGGCCAGCAGGUUACACAGUGUGCACCAACACUACCAGAGCGCUGGGACUGGCGUGAACGGUACGCUACCACUGACCCACAUUUAAAACAAGCAAACAAGCAAAGCGAAGAGACUUGAACUCCACAGUACUUUGGAUACUUGAACACUUUGUUCUCUGAAAACUGUGAAUCGGAGAAAUGUUAAACAAAAAAAAAAAGAGUAAUGCAAUUAUCUUUUUUCUCAAUUGAAACUGUCAGUUUUAAGAGUUUUUUUUUUUUUUUUCUGUU